AUGUCAACAACCAACAAAAUCGGAAUAAAUCAACUUUCCACUUCAACUAUUACUACCGAUAUUCAUCAACCUUCACAACAGUCACAACCACAACCAUCGGUUAAACCAUGUUGUGCAUGUCCGGAUACAAAAAAAGCUCGUGACGAAUGUAUAUUUCAAACCGGAGAUGAAGAAAAAUGCCGAGAUUUGAUUGAAGCUCAUAAAGCUUUUCAACAUCGAAAUUUUUGCUUACAAGAGUUCACUCAAUUAGGCACUGAAAAUAAUUGA